CUUCAAUCAUCCGCACUGGUGUUCACACCGUUUCACGGUAGCAGCAGACGAAGUGACAUUCACUCAUUCUGCACACGCACACUCGAAUGGCUGACGUGGACGGACAUGAAGCGCGACGCGAAGCAGACGUUGCCAGCGUCAACGACGCGCAGGAGCAGCAAUUGGUGAGUGUCGGCCGCCUACAUACCGGUGUACAGCAGCUUCUGGCCGCUGUGAGCACCACCAACGCACUGAAGACGCACCCUGCUCUUCAAGCGCUAGCGACAUCUAUUCCUACAGUCGAAGAGCAUGACCACCACUCUGUGGCUCGCACGCAGCUGCAGGCGCUGGCUUCGUGCCUUGCUCACGCCGAACUACGCGUCCUGAUCGUGAAGCACCUACGGCCAUUCUUGCUGGACAUGAUGGUGCGGCUCACUGAUCCGGCGCUCCCGCUAUAUGAGCAACAACAGCAACAGUACAGCGAAUGCGCUGACAGUAUGAAGCGCAGUGAGCUCCUGGUUGCCACUCUGGCCGAACUAUUGACCUACCUGCCGGCCACGAGCACUUUAGUGCAACAAUACUUCGAGACGGCGCCAUGCUUCUUCGCAUUUGCGGACGUCGUGGCCACGCAGAAGCAACAGAGUGACGAGACGCUCGUCAGACUGCGUCGUAUCGCCAAGACGGCCUUCCAGCUGCUGAGAGCGAGACCCACGGAGCUCACAGCGCUCUGGAACUGGACAUCGUUCUUCCCGCUCAGUUUCCACGACGACGUGCACGUGCGAUGGUAUGCAGCGCGUGCCACAGCUUUGGUAUUGAAGAUGAGCAAUGCCCAGAGAAACACUUUUCUCGAUGGAUUGAAGGUUGGUGAGGACGCCGCUGUGAGUGGAAACAGUCCGGCUGUGCGGCAGAUUGAGCUGGAGCUGCACAGCGAGGACGCAACUCGACAGGAACAGCUUAUUGAACUGAGUGUAUACCAGCAACAGGAUGCGAAUGAAGUCGCACAGACACAGCCCGUGCCCUUCCAUGAUUCACUUCAGAACAUUUUCGGCGUGGUCGUCCCGACAAGCAAGCUGCACCAGCAACGCCACGAGUCAGAGGAAUCUUCGAUAGCCACCGAACCACUGGUACCCACGCCAUCAACCAAGCGGAACUUGCAGUCGCUGGCUAUUGCGCUUGGUCUGAAGCGUCCGAUCUUGGUGGCAGGUCCAGGUGGAUGCGGCAAGACUGCUACGAUUCGAGAACUUGCUCGGCUGUCGGGCAACAGUGACAUGGUGGAGCUGCAUUUGGACGACCAGAUAGAUAGCAAGACGCUGUUGGGGUCGUAUGUGUGCACAGAUGUGCCAGGCGAAUUUGCGUGGCAGCCUGGCGCACUUACAACUGCUGUGCUUGCUGGCCGGUGGGUCGUUAUCGAGGAUAUUGAUCGUGCACCAUUCGAGGUGCUUGCAGCGCUCAUGCCGCUGCUUGAAACGCGCGAAAUGGUUCUCCCUGGUCGUGGUGAACUGCUGGUGGCACACUCGAACUUCCAGAUUUUUGGUACGACGACGCACGGACACCAAAUGCCUAAGGGGUUUCAGGAGUCUGUCUGGACGAGCGUCGGCGUUGCACCACUUGCAGAUAGCGAGAUUGAGCAGAUCAUGCUGACUCGGUUCACGAAGAUCCCGCAACAGGUCGUGUCCAAGAUGAUGACCACGUACAACGCCGUUUCUGGCAACACGAGCGAAGAGAUCGGUGGUUCUGCACAGCUCUGGAAGGAGACAAGGCGGAACUACGGGCGCGAUUUUUGUCUACGUGACUUGCUGAAGUGGUGUAAGCGUAUCUAUCGGUUCUGUUACUACGCUGCUGGUGCUACGGGUGAUAACUCAUCUUCUGGUCAUGAUUAUAUUACUGAGGACGAGCGUAUGCGCAUUGUGGUGGAAGCUUUGGAUGUGUUCUGUGCCGGUAUUCGAGACGCGAAGACCCGCUUACACUCGGCUUGUGCGCUGGCGGCGAUUUGGGACGUGCAGUCCGAGAAAAUUGAGUACUACCUGGAGCAGCAUAAACCUCACGUUACAUUCAGCACACAUGAAGUAGAAUUUGGACGCGUUCACCUGCCGACGCUGUCACAACAGGCUCAGCUUGAGCAAGGUGACAAGCCUGCUACGAGUUCUGUGGUGAUGACUGGGCACGUGCUGCGUUUGCUGGAGAAGAUGGCUGCUAUUGUAGCGACCUGUGAACCAGCGUUGCUUAUCGGUGAGACUGGUUGCGGUAAGACGACAAUCAUUCAGCACAUGGCAGCGGCUAUGGGGCAGCGUCUGGUAGUGCAAAAUCUGAAUAUCCAAAGCGAUAGUUCCGAUCUCGUGGGAGGUUUCAAGCCUGUGGAGAUUCACCUGCUCGCCCGGCCAUUGUACAUAGACUUUGUGGAUCUGUUUACAGCUACGUUUUCGCAGAAGAGCAACGCUGGCUUUCUCAACGUGGUUCGGAUAGCACUGGAGCACAAGGACUGGAAGAAACUUGUAAAAGGCAUGCGGAAAGCCAUCCAAAUGGCCACGUCCAAGCUCCAGGGCAGCAGUGGUGCUGACCGUGACGUAACGGAGUCAGAAAGUGGUGGGAGUAAUAAGAUGUCGGCAGCCGGCACUUCGACGAGUGUUUUGGUGAACCGAUGGGAUACUUUUGAGGCUGAGCUGGUGCGAUUCGAACGGCAGAAGGAGCAGGCGGAGUCGCACUUUGCAUUUUCGUUUGUGGAGGGUGUUCUAGUCAAAGCGCUGCGAGAAGGUCAUUGGGUGCUGCUCGAUGAGAUCAAUCUUGCAUCAUCUGAUACGCUGGAGCGCAUUAGUACGUUGCUGGAGCAUGAGACGAGUGCCUUUUCUCUCACAGAGCGCGGAGAUGUCGAGAUCAUCCGCCCGCAUCCGAACUUUCGUCUCUUUGGUGCUAUGAAUCCGUCAACUGACGUCGGUAAGAAGGACCUGCCCCCUUCUCUCCGCAAUAGAUUCACGGAGAUCUACGUUGAUGAGUGCGUGGAUCCUUCAGACUUGCAGAUGGUUGUCCACCACCAGUUCAAGGAGAUCUCCGGCGCUCUGAUACCAGAGACGGUUGAAUUCUACCUGGAGGCAAGAAAGCAAGCGGAGCUGCGAUUGAGCGAUGGGGCCCGCCACAAACCCCGCUACUCGUUGCGAACGUUGAGUCAGGCACUGCAUAUCACGCGCAUUUUGAUUCAGCGAGGCUAUGGCACAUCUCGCGCGAUGUUCGAAGGUUUCUGCUCGAGUUUCUGUACACAACUUGAGAUGGAAUCGCGUCAGUAUCUCGAGAAACUCAUCAAGAACACAUUCGCAAAGACGAUCAAGGCGAAGGAGCUUAAACGCUCACCACCCUGUCCUGGUGGCUCGAAGAGGACGAAUGAGUUUGUGUUGGUGAGCUCGUACUGGGUCCAAAAGGGUGAGUUCCAAGAUCCGAGGGACGAUUCACUACCAAACCCGGUGACUUCUCGACGGAAAUUUGUACUUACGAAGUCAGUAGAAGAGAAUCUGCGUCACGUGUCACGUGCAGCUUUAAUCGGCAAGUAUCCCGUGCUGCUGCAAGGCCCCACGUCUGCUGGUAAGACGUCGCUGAUCGGGUAUCUGGCUGCACGCAUUGGACAAAAGUGUGUGCGUAUUAACAACCACGAGCAUACGGACAUCCAGGAGUAUCUGGGAAGCUACGUCUCGGAUUCCAAUGGCAAGCUAACGUUCAAGGAAGGUGUGCUGGUGGAGGCUGUUCGUAAGGGUUGGUGGGUCAUCCUGGACGAGUUGAAUCUGGCUCCGUCUGAAGUUUUGGAGGCUCUUAAUCGUCUUCUGGAUGACAACCGCGAGCUGUUCCUACCCGAAACGCAAGAGACAGUGAAGCCUCAUCCGAAGUUCAUGUUGUUCGCGACGCAAAACCCGCCAGGACUCUACGGAGGCAGAAAGGUGCUUUCUCGCGCGUUCCGGAAUCGAUUCCUGGAGAUCCAAGUGGAUGAAGUGGCGUCUAGCGAGCUUCAGACGAUUUUGCAGGAGCGCAGUUCGCUGCCCCCGUCGUAUUGUGCCAUUUUGAUUGACAUCAUGCGGCAACUGCAGCUCGUUCGGCAGCAGUCGUCAGUCUUCGCUGGUAAAUCGGGCUUCAUCACUACCCGUGACUUGCUUCGUUGGGCCGAACGUCGACCGGCGACUAAACAGGCUCUAGCAGAGGAAGGAUACUGUUUGCUGGCCGAGCGGUUGCGGAAGGAUGAGGAGAAGGAAGUGGUCAAACAAGUGCUGGAGAAGAAGUGCAACGUCAAGAUCGACCUGGAUGCUCUGUACUACAGCGGCAAGCCCCGCGAGUCAAAUCUGCUGAACGAGAACGGAGAGAUUGAACAGGAGACAGUGUGGGGCACCAAGGAACAGUUUGAACGUGUCCAAGCGAUGGUGGAGCAGGCUAUUGAAGAAACCGCCACCGGCAAGUCCAGCAACGGUGAGUCCAAGUCAGCAGGCAAUGCAGCAGGUUUGGAAAAGAUCAGUGUGACCAAGUCACUGCGAAGACUUUUUGCUCUUGUUGGACGCUGUUUGCAGAAUGAGGAGCCUGUGCUUCUGGUUGGAGAAACUGGUUGUGGCAAGACUACGGUCUGCCAGUUGUACUCGCUGCUGUUCUCACAGCCUCUUCACAUUUUGAACUGUCACCAGCAUACUGAGACGUCGGAUUUCCUCGGUUGCUUGCGUCCUGUGCGAGGAAAAGAGAAAACCGCACACGAGUUGGAAGAAGCGCUUGUGAGAUUCUUUGCGCUGAGUGACGGAUGUAUCGAUGAACAGGAGAUCGAGAAGCGCCGAGCAGAAGUCAAGUCAUUGGGUGUUAGUGCGUUGCUGGCCAAGUACGAAAAUGUUCGUGGUGGUGUUGUGAGUGGUGAUUCAAUACCCCAGAAGGAACUUGUUGAGCAAAUUGACCUGCUGAAGCGUCGAUUCCAGUCCAUCUUCGAGUGGGCGGACGGUCCUCUGGUGGAGUCCAUGAAGAAUGGCGAUUUGAUUCUGAUCGAUGAGGUGAAUCUUGCCGAAGAUGCUGUGCUUGAACGUCUGAACAGUGUCCUGGAGCCGUCGCGUACGCUGCUGCUAGCCGAGAAGGGUGGAGACCAAGUGGAAGAGAUUGUAGCUCACUCGAAGUGGCGUGUGAUGGCAACGAUGAACCCUGGUGGUGAUUUCGGUAAGCGCGAAUUGUCUCCUGCUCUGCGCAACCGUUUCACCGAGAUCUGGGUGCCAGCAAUCUCGGACUUGGACGAUAUCGCCACGAUCAUUCGCGACAGAUUAGUUGGACCUCGUGGAAUUGUUUCGGUGCCUCGCACUAUCCCACCAGCGGCAAUGGAUGAGUUAGCGUCGUUGUGUGACCCUAUCCUGGGUUUCGUCAAGACUUUCAACGAGGCAAACGGUGGUUUUGGUGGAUGCGGAGCUGUGACGUUACGUGACAUUCUCAGCUGGAUCAACUUCAUCACAUCCGUCGUGAAGAAACAGGAGGUCGGCUCAUCGGUAAAAGUGACAGCGUGGACAGCGUUUGUGCAAGGUGCAGCCUUGUCAAUUUUGGAUGGUCUUGGCCUUGGCUCGGACAAGGCACUGCACACGGCCUUGAAGGCGAGAGAGGAGGCGUAUCGCUACUUGCUGGCUUUGGUGCCAGAUGAGGACCACCUGGUCAAGCAAAAGGUGAUCGACUCGCUGAAUGUCACGACGUUGUCUGUCGAUAACAGCAUUGACCAGUUGAACUCCUUCGCUUCAGAGGAGACUGCAGAGGGGAAGUUUGGCAUUAGUCCAUUCCUGAUCCCUCGUGGACCCGAUCCUGUUCGAAGAAAGCCUGCAUUCUCGUUGAAGGCCCCAACGACGAUGUCCAAUCUGUACCGCGUGUUGCGUGCUAUGCAAGUCAGUCGUCCGAUCAUUUUGGAAGGAUCUCCAGGUGUCGGCAAGACCAGCUUGAUCAGCGCGUUGGCAGCAGCGUCUGGACAUCGCCUUGUACGUAUCAAUCUGUCGGAGCAAACGGAUAUUUCCGAUCUCUUUGGCUCUGAUCUUCCUGCUGCGUCAUCUCCGGACGACAACGUGGAUGACAAGGACGGCAAACAUACGAAUGGUGGGAGCUCUAGCGGCAUGUUCGAGUGGUGCGACGGCGUGUUCUUACGUGCUUUGAAGGCAGGCGACUGGGUGUUACUUGACGAACUUAACUUGGCGUCGCAGUCUGUUUUGGAAGGUUUGAACUCGUGUCUGGAUCACCGAGGCAGUGUGUACAUCCCGGAGCUGGACAGAGAGUUCGAGUGCCCGCCAACUUUCCGUGUGUUCGCUGCGCAGAACCCGCUUCGUCAAGGUGGUGGUCGUAAGGGACUGCCCAAGUCGUUCUUGAAUCGAUUCACCCGAGUCUUCGUUGAAACUCUGCAUGAGCAGGAUCUUAUCCACAUUGCGAGCUCAAUGUACCCUACGCUGCAUUGUUCAGUGGAAGAAGCGGACAUGAGUGACGCUGCGUUAUCUGGAAAAACGUUACUGGAGCGGAUAAUCGGUUUUAACCGCGCAGUGCACGAAGACACGAUGGUGAGCUGCAAGUACGGCCGUCUUGGUGCUCCCUGGGAGUUCAAUUUGCGCGAUGUGUUCCGAUUCUGUGACCUGCUUAAGCAGCAAGUGCAAUUGGCAGACAAUGCUGAGCACCAACUUCAGGCCUUGAGCUACUACGUUAGUUUCAUUUACGUCGAGAGAAUGCGCUCAGCUCGCGACCGGGAGCUGAUUUCUCGUCGCUUUGAGGAGUUCUUUGGAGUAAGGCCGAUGGAUCUGAGUGCUGUUUCGCUUCGCAUGUCGGCAGAUUUCGUUGAGAUCGGCAGUGCAUUGCUCGAACGGCGGCAGGAUAUGCCAAUUGGCCGUGUUGCUCCGCCACUUUUCAACUUUUUGCUGAAGCCAAUGGAAGCGUUAGCGCACUGCGUGAACAUGUCGUGGCCUGCUCUUCUCGUUGGAUCACCAGCAAGCGGCAAAACCUCCUCGGUCCGUCUGCUGGCAGCUUUGAGCGGUAAUACGCUACACGAACUGGGUAUGAGUGCAGGGACAGACGCGACGGAACUGCUGGGAUGCUUUGAGCAAGUGGAUGUUGGACGGAAGCUGCGGGACAUCAAGCACAAGAUUCAACUUGUGUACGAGAAGGUGCUUCAGCAACUGAUGUUGUCAUCUGCAUCGGCCGGUGUUACUCAGAAGAAGAGAACUGCGAUUUUGAAGAAGGCUAACCGUCUCAGCAGCACAUGGUGGGCUCUGACCACACGAGAGAAGUACUACAGCGAGAAUGUAUCUCAUGGUGGCGGCAAGAAACACAAAGCGAAGAAGCUACCGAAGGGCCAACUGGAUGAGGUCGUUGUCGACUUGAUGCGGGACGUUGUCGCCAUGCUCCAGAAAACUGAAAAGGACGAAAGUCUGUCGCUGCUUUCUGACCUGUCGAAUGAAAUUGACAACGUGGUGCAGCUCAGUAAGUCCAACUCCAUUGCCAGUUGCUUUGAAUGGGUCGAUGGAACGUUGAUUCAAGCGAUGGAGAAGGGCGAGUGGGUGCUACUGGACAACGUCAACUUUUGCAGCUCGUCGGUACUGGAUCGAUUGAAUUCGCUUAUGGAGACUGGCGGUGAAAUGCUGAUCAAUGAGUGCGGCAUCAUCAACGGCAAGCUGCGUGUGAUUAAGCCUCACAAGAACUUCCGAAUGUUCUUGGCCAUGGAUCCACAGUACGGUGAGGUGUCUCGUGCCAUGCGAAACCGGUGCGUUGAGAUUGCGCUGGCGGAUGAAGAUGCUCCGAGACUAGACCUGAUCAAAAUCUCUUUGGCGUGUGGAAUCCCUGGCUUUGCUCUGUCUCGAGCUUUCCAAUCUGCUCAUGAACGUGUGGUAAACAAGCUUGGGGAGUUCAUGGCAGGCUCGAAAUACGGUCGUAUUAAUCGUCGACACUUGGAGAACUGGUCAUUGCUGGCAUCAGCUGAGCUUUCACGUGGAGUUCAGCCUCUGAACGCGAUCGCCGAGUCUUUCCGACGUGUGUAUGGCGACGGUUUGCUCGCUCAGCUUGAUCUGAGCCAAGAUAUGCUCGAGUUAUUCGUCAACGCUUUCCAAACUUCGCAGCAAAAUUCGCAACACCAGCGUGUGCUCCCGAUGAUUGCAUCACCCUCGACUUUUGUCUUGUGUCAGCAGAGCGAAAGCUUCGUGCUGCAGCGCGACGUUGCGUACCUUGAACACCUCGUGCUCUCUGCACUGACGUCCGAGAGUAGUGACGCGGACGAUUUGCAGCUGAGUUGGCUUGCUGCUGAUGUGAAGAUCGUUAAGGGCUCACCUACGGAAGGAGACAGUAAUACUGAUACGUGGUUGAACAGUGUUGCCUUGCGGUGCAAGGGCGAACAGACUAGCUACUCCCAGUUGGCUCUGAAGGAAGCGUGUGAGCACCUGUCGUCGAAACAGUUCUUAGGGCUUCAGGACGUCAAGUCGCCGCUGGCGGUAACACUGGCCCCGUUCGCAUUGCGUCGGAUUGUUGAGGUGGCGAGUACAUGCGGCAGCGUCGCAAACAUCGGCUCAAUGACAGCGGAUCGUCUUUUAUUCGCACUGGAGAAGAUUGCUCGUGGAGUUGGCAAUGCAAGUACGUUGCAGUCGGUUGAGUUACUUGCACGCUUCCUCCAGUCGAUGACGAAGAACGACUUGUACACGGACAUCUCUCGAAAGAUCGACGAGACUGCACGGCGACUGACGAGCUUGCUUGACAACCCUGCCUUGCCUCCGACGCCGGUGUAUCUAGCUACGAACCAUGCAGCCUUUUUGCGCUUGCAAUCUCUUGUUGCUGAACGCAGUGUCAAUACUCCGGACAAGAAGAUCGAGAUUGAAGCUGCGUGGGAUUCGAUGCUCAUCGCUCAGCGACAGCUGGAAUUACUUGACGGUGUGGAGUGGCUAAGAUUCUGCGAGCAGGAACAAUAUCGCGAAGUGGACGCUCUGUUCGCUUCGAAGGACAGCAAGCAGAAGCGCAAGCGAGACUCUCGUCGACUGGACAAGCUGUCAGUGCUGCAACAGUCCUAUGCUGUGCACAAGUACCAUGCUGACCGUUCCAACGUCGAUAACGAGCUGACGUUCUUGGUUCACCCGCUCCUGAACACGUUUGAUAUGUUUCUGUCAGCGUUCUUUGGAGACUCUUCCAGUGUGACGAUGAAUCCAGAAUUCUUCGAAGCUGUUCAAACUGUGGUGCGGGACCGCUUUGAGUUUUCGAUCCAGUUGCGAAUGCAGGUCUUCGAGUGGACACACUUCCUGAUCCACUGGCAGUGGUUGAAGAAGUCGCUGUUGCGAUUUGGGAAGCUUAUUGCGCAACACUCAUUCGCGUGGACGUCUCAGUGGAAUAACGUGGUGGAUAUGUCCGAGCGCAUGCAGGCUACGAUCGAGAAACUCAUCGGCUGCGAGUCAAGGAAGAACGUGUUGUGGAAGAAGGGAGGGCACUCGCUGCUUCCGAAUAAUGCUGACCUGUGGAAGGCUGAGUAUCUGCUGAACCGACUAUCCAAGACGUUUAUGCAAGUCAACUCGACGUCCUUCUCAGCUCUGUCUGUCGGCGCUGCUGGGGGCCCUACGGACGGCAGAGUUGAUGUAUUGGCGCUGCUCUUUGGUGGGGUGGCUUCAAUGGAAGCUGCCAUGAAGAGCGGCAAACUGGACGUGUCUUCGCUGUUUUACGUGGAUGUCGACACUCGCAAGGAAGUGUUACAUGCGCUGUGUGCGUUCUCGUACCUCGCUCAGGAGCAAACGCGCGGCAAGAAGGACAGUACAUCUACAAGUAAGCGGCCACAUGCGCUCAUGGCGGAGGAGCUGUUCAAGCUUCCAAGUGUGCUGCUGAAGAAGCUGCAAGACAAGCAGUCGGAGAUGACGGAGCUUAUCUCGAAGAAGACGUUGUAUCUGAGUGAGAUUGAGGACAACGUCGACAGCCACGUGGAUCUACUGAGCGAAGAGGAUAGUCGUAUCGGCAAGGAUGCACCCAUUCUGCUGUUCGACAUGAAGGGGAGUGCGCUGUUGAUGGAGCGUAUGGUAACGUUCCAACUGAGUCCAUUGCUUGAACACGCUCUAGCUCGUCAAGAGCUCCAGGCGAUCACGAAGCUUGUGCACGUGCUGAACAUGUAUCGCCUGUGCAGGAGCGAUUUGUCUCAAACGAGAUACAAGGAGGUUGUGAAGGCUGUCUCGGACGUGCUGAACUUGCUGGAAGGCAUCGUUGAAGAACUCCUGCGCCUCGGACUGCGUGAUCCUGCUUGCUUUUAUGCCUACCAAGACAUUUUGUGGUGUGGACACAAGUUUGUGUCUCUGGAAAUCACCAGCAAGACCCAAGAGGAACAAAAGACAGAACUGGAAAGAUUCGUUUCUGUGGUUCAGACACACUUGAAUGGCGUGUUGUUUGGCUUCCACGAGUUCUUGCGUUGCAACAGCUUCAACCAAGUGGAUCUUAUCUCGCUGGAGAUAUUCGACACUCGACGGAAGUUGAAGAAGGCUAACAAGCGCGUCCCUGCUACGAGUACUGAAGUUGCUGAUCAUUCUCAGGUCGUUGCAGGCUACCCACGUUUGUUCCAAGCCGUCCAGAGUGCAGUUGUACUGAAAAGCAUCGCAGAAGUGGAUCUGGAAGAGUCCAUGUGUCCUACCAGCGAGGCACAGAUGCGUGCUGCUCGGUUGGAGAAAAUCAAGAGCCACUUCGCAUCGGAACAGACCCAAGCAGGAAAGAUGAUAUUGAGCACAAGUAUCUCGUAUGUGAGUGAGCUAUUCGUGGCCACUGUGCUUGCCUUUGAAUCAUCAUUCCCGUCUGCGCAGUGGGAGGAGAUUCAGCCCCUCCUUCUCCAGUUUGCACAUACGUCUCAGACGUUUGACGGCAAGACCCAAGCAACAUUGCUCAAGGCGUUACGAACUUCCAGCGACAACACGUUUUCGACGCUAAUUGACACACUUGUGGUGCCGCUGAUGACGUCUUUAACUAAGGCAGCAAAGGAACAACACAGUGGAAGCCGAAGUGCACUUGGAGAGAGUAUGGUUAUGCUGGGAUUGUGGCGCUUUGCGCUGCUCCUUCCAUCCUCGCCGGUGGAUCCUGUUACCAAGCCACUGGUGAAGAAGGAGAACUUGCUGAACCGCUUGGCAAUGCUGACGAUGCAGGAUGCAGCGAACUCAUCAAUUCAUCGACUGAAUCCUUCACCUGCAGCUUCAGUGACGGCUGUGGAGAAUGCUGAUCGCUCACUGAGUGAACUGUACAGCCAGGUGAUGGAAGUAUCCGCGUAUGCUAUCCAGCGUUACCAGCCGAGCAAACGCCACACUGACGGCAGUGCCAUUGACCCGAGUGGGUUUGGUAUGCAGCCUGUGGCAGCCUCUGUGUUCGGAGAACUGUUCCGCGAUCUUCUGCGUUUCAACACAACGGUGAUGCCGAUCGAGAAGCUGUCAGCGUUGCUUUCCACAGUUCGAUCAUCCAAGUCGUCGCAGCAGCGGAAGCGCGAGCUCUUGCGCGAGCUCGACAUGUUCCAGCAGACGUCGGAGAGCUUUGUUGCUCAACUGUCGAAGAAGUUUGGCGAGUGUUUCCGAGAUAUUCUGGAGCCUGUUGUUGCGGCGAUUUACUGUGUGAAGGAGGGUGUUGCACUGAUGACGUGGUCGCUCUAUCAGCAGAUCCAGGAAACCUCUCUGAAGCAGCAACAAAAGGAGACGUUGGCGCUCUCUCUCGUGCAGUUCCCGUCAUCCUUGAACGUGAACUCGGUGGAUCAGUCUUGGCAUGGAAUCCAGUUAAUGUUGAAGACUGUGGGAACACAAGCGACACCGAUACUAUUCGGUGCUGGGGUGUCGAACAAGCGGAAGGCUGAGGUGGCUCUGCUGGACGUGGCGUUGGCGAAGAUGGAAUUCCUUUUCCGCGAGACACUGACGACGUCCCGUACGAACCGUGCGCUGGACUCCACUGCGGUUGAUACUGCGCUUGAAAGCAGCAAGACUCUCUUUGACUUGUUUUUGGCCAAGUGGCAAGAGCAGAAAGAGCGCGAAGAGCAGAAACGAAAGGAGGAAGAAGAGCUCUUCAAAUACAAAGUACGUCAGCUGGAUCUGGAGACCGAGGAGGAGCUGCUGGAGAAGGAGUAUCGCGAUCAGUUCCCGGACUACAGUACCCGUGACUUCCAAGCUUUCCUGAGUCCGGAGCAAGCAGCUGCUGGUACGGAUGGAUCUGGUCUGUCAACAACGGGAGACUUGGAUGUGCUGAUCACAGACCGAAUUAUGCAGCGUCUGUGCGAGACUCACGUCAAGUUGUACGCCGAGACUGCGAACUCUGAGAUCGCAAUCACCAAGGACGAGAUUGUCAGUACGUUCGCGCGAGCUUUUUCUCUUGCUGUGAAGCUACGCAAGUCGUUGAAUGCGACGGCUUCCAAUACGAUUGAAAACUCCGUGGCAUCAUCUGGAGUUCUGGCUGCCUCGCUGGUCCAAGCUCGCCUUGGCAGUGUGGGAACGAAGAAGGGUGCGGUGCCAUCGUUCCAGGCACUCAAUAGUGAAUACAUCCGAGGAAUCGACUUCCAUCGUGACCCGCUGGUUAAGGAAGUUGUGCUGGUUGCUGAGCCGUUGCAGCGCUUGUUGGUCAAGGUGCAGUCGCUCUUGGCUCAAUGGCCUGACCACGCUAUCCUGCAGCAGAUCGUGCUGAUUGCUGAUCGUAUCCGCAACUUUGAGAUCAGUUCUCCGCUGGUUCGCACGCUGACUGGCGUUGAGCUGUUGCUGCGGAAGGCGCAAGAAUGGGAGAUGUAUGCUGCACGUGCGUACUCGAUUAGUGACGAGCUCAGCGCUCUUUCAGCUUUGGUGACGCGAUGGAGAAAGUUGGAACUGUACUCUUGGCCGCAUCUGCUCUACGUCAAAGAGAAGCAGCAUCGCUUCACCGCGCAGAAGACGUGGAUCAACAUGUACUCGCUUCUGACAGCGCAGUUCGAAUCGGAUGCUGCUAUGGUUGACGUCGAGAACAGUGCUAGCCCUCAAAAUCUGCAGUGGCUGCACCUGAAUCAUCUCUCGAAGUGGCUGUUUACUCCACUUCAAGAGAACAGAGCUGGAAUUCAAGCUCUAAGCGAUGCGGCAAGAGAGAGUCUGGAGAAGCAGAGGGAGUUUAUGACCAGGUUGUUCGAGACGCUUGACGCGUACAUUCGGUCGUGUCCGAUCGGACAGUACGAGACUCGAUUGCUGGUAGUGUACUCGUUCUGUGCUCAAUUGUUCAUGGAACUUUGGAGUCCUUCUGAACGACAGGGUUCAUCGAUCGACUUUGCCGGAAAGUCGUCCAAGUACGCGUUGGCCAACAUGCUGUACCAUUUGUACAGAUACUACGCGCAACAUUUGGGCUACUUGGAGCGUCAGUGGAGCGGUCUCAAGGCUCCGAUCCAACGUAAACUGGUCGAGUUCGUCAAGAUCUGUCGAUGGGAUGAACAGACGUACUACUCGCUCGCUGAAUCUGCUGAGAAAUCGCACCGCAAGUUGAUGAAGUUCGUGCGAGACUACGACGCUGUGCUCACUGUGUCCAUGCAGACUGUAAUCGACGGUUCAACGGACAGCGGCAUCACGAAGGAAGGCGGUUUUGUUGGCAUUCACACUACGAAGGCGGAGCUGGCAGGUCUGGAUGACAGCGUUGUGGUUCCAAAGGAUGCUGAACAAGAGGAGAAGAGCGAACAGGAGAAGUCUGCAGAUGGAGAAACUGAGGACGUGAAGACUAAACCCAAGACAUCGAACGAGGAAGUGCAGGAGUCUGAGAGGCCUCCUGUGUUGCGACUGAUUCACACAACUGUGCCGUCUGUCGAAAGCCAAGCAAGUGAAGGCGCUGCAAUGUUUGACCAGUCUUCAUAUGUGGAGAAGCUCCCGACGCUGUCAAAGCGCAUUGCCAAGUACACGCAGAAGCACAUUCUGUCGCACGAGCAAGUGGAACGCCGCCAACAAGUGCGUGAACUGUGUGAAGAUCUCUGCGAGACCAUCUUUUACCGCAUGUUCAAGCUCCAACACGCUACGGGACUACCGAAGGGUGCGAAGAAGAAAGCUCUUAUUGACUUGCUCAGUGAAUUGAAGACCCAGGGUAUGGCCUACCACCGACUACAGCUGCCUGCAGAGCAACAGCAGAUCCAGCAAUUGUUCGAGUUGGACGUGCCUGAUGUCGAGAACUGUCUUCACGUUGACCAAUUGGAAGCAGCUCUUGAUCCCGAGAGUUUGCCCAAUGCUCGUGGACUAAAGAGUAAGAAGAAGCAGAGCAAGAAGAAGAGCAAACGUGUUGGAGGUGUGCAGCAAGUCGAGGUUACGGAAGAAGUUUCAACGAAGAACUCGCCGAUGUGGCUGUGGCAGCGUGCUGACGGAUAUUACUACCGAUUCCUGGGCCAACUGGCUUCACUGCGAUACACUGCAGUGACGAGCUUUUCGCACGAUCUGUCAACCAGCGAGACCGAACGGAUGAGUGGUUACGCGGAGAAUAUGCUGUUCACGAUGCUGCAGCAGCGACAAAUCCUGCACGCCGUCUCACUCAGUCACGAGAAGCUUGUCGACGGAUUAACCACGUUGAAGCUGAUGAAGGAGUUCAAGCUGAGCUAUCUGGCAUCUAGCAGCGCUGUCGACUCCAAGACAGCGAGCAAGUGGCAGUCGUUCCAGCAGACCUCCGUCGUUUCAUUGCGUCAUUCUCUUCGCGAGCUCGAGAUCUCGGUGUUACAGAUUCUACAGCAGUUGCCAGAGACGACAGCUAUCGUGGCAGAAGUUCGUCAACACUUCCAGCGUAUUUUCGAGCGUUGUGAUGCUAUUCAGGACGAGUUCACACAAAGUGUUGGGCUGACCCAGUCUCUCGGUGUGCCUGCGAUUCCUCACCGUGCUGUGAACGCUAGCGAGGACGCAGGUGGUGAUGCGGCUAUUGUGGCUUUUGCGCGACCGUCGAAGCGCGUGUAUGGUGUGUCCCCGGUCAUUUCGCAAGAUGGCGCAGAAACGCAGAAGCUGCCUGUGGCGAUCAACGUGCUGAAGACUAACACUGCUCGCUUCGGUGAGAUCAAGAGUCUUCUGCUGUCUAUUUCGUCGGCAUUUGGCGCGGUAACGACGUCUAACUGCCUGGGAGAUUUCCUGACCGAGUACACGUGCAUUAUUCGUGAUGACGCCAAGUUUGAACAGACUGUGAAUGAGACCAGUGACUUCGCGUACAGUGCGGGCCAUGAACUGGAGAGUGCGCAGGCAUUGGCAACUUUCAGCGAGCAGUACGACAAGAUGGUGGAGACUGUGCUGGUGUCGAUCCAAGACUUGACGAAGAUUUCCAAGGAAGCUGCUUCAAUGUCCACUCAAAGCGAAGACGAGAGCGAGAUCCAGUCGCUUCGUGAUCAGCUUGCAACGCUGUCAACGAUGGUCAAGGACUCGCGUGUGAACCACAUUGCCUCGCAACUUGCUAAGCUGUUGGAGCUACUGCAGAUUCAGUACACUAAGUUCACUAGCACGCAGUCGGAGCAGUGGCGGCGCGUGUUUGUGGCCUCCUUGUCGCUUCUGGAACGUUUCGAGCCGAGUCUCAUCGAUGUGCGCGGCAUCAGUCGCCAACUGCUUGUGGACUUCUUAGUGGCGCACAAGAGUGUGAUGAAGCUGGACUUUGUGUUGGUACGUAUCUUCCGGAACUUGUUCCAGCACGGUUUCUGUCGAACGGAUGAGGAGAAGAACGACGAAGAAGGAGACGGAGGAGCAGGCAAGAUGCAGUUCCAGGACGACGUGGAAGGCACGGGAAUGGGCGAAGGCGAAGGCAAGAAGGACGUGAGCAAUGAGAUUGAAGAUGAAGAGCAACUACUGGGCUUGCAAGGAGAUCAACAGGAGGAGCCUGAGCCACCGGCUGACCAGAAACCUGAAGAUACGGGGCUGGAGAUGCAGAACGACUUUGAAGGCACGAUGCAGGACGUUCCGGAUGAUGAGAAGGAGGAGCAGGACGAGAACGAAGACGACGAGGAAGAACUGGACCGCGAGAUGGGUGAGUUCGACCAAGACGACGAGAACGUCGUGGACGAGAAGAUGUGGGGCGAGGACUCGGAUGAUGAUGAAGAGAAUAUCGACAAGGAGAAGGAGAAGUUUGAAGAAGAUUCCAAGGUCGAGGGUGAGGCACUGGAGGAUGAAGUGCGUGGUAAAGACGGCGACGAAGAAGACAAGGACAAUUCGGACAAGAAGGAAGAGGAGAAGCAGAAGCCUCAAGCUGAUCAGUCAGAUGAUAAGAGUGCAGAGGAUGGUGGAGACGAUGAUGGUGAUGACGGUGAUGACGGUGAUGACGAGAAGAUGGAGGAGGUUAACGACGACUUUGAAGAUAAGUACGAAGACCAUCACGACGUGGAUCCGACGGAGCGGGAGGAAGGUCAUGGUGAGGAGGAAGCUGAGGAAGAGCACGGAGACGAACUCCCCGAGGACAUGCAGCUUGACAAGGACGGUGAUGACGGCGAGGAUGGAGACGCCGACGGAGAUAAUCCGGAUGAAGACAUGGACAAGCUGGACGAUCCGGACGAUGAGAUGGCUGAAGAUGAUGCGACUGGAGACGAAACUGGUGGGGCUGAAGAGGACGAGGACGCUGAAGAGGAGAAUGAAGAAGAGCAACUCGAUAACGCAGUUCAACUUGGUGGCGGCGGGCUGGAAGACGAGCCUGAGCAAGCUGAGGAGAAGGAGGAGGAAGAUGCAGAGCAGACUGAGACUCCUGAGAGUACCGAAGAGGAGCAAGCGGCGUCUACAGUGGCUGGCACUCAGUCUAAGGACGGUCAGGAUGAGUUGGAAGCGGACGAACAAGAAGCCGAGGACCAGGAAAUGGAGGAUGCCAACGCUCAAGAACAAGACCAGGAACAGAGCAACGACGACAGCAGUAGCAGUCGUGCUCAGAAACAGAGCAGUAGUAACGACCAGGACGCCAAGCAGGAGUGGAAACCGCAGUCUCAAGUCGACAGCAAUCCCGAUCAGGAGCGUCCUCGCGAGAAACGCCGUGAUCGUCGUGAACCGAAUCCGUACCGGAAUGCUCAGGAAGCACAGGAACACUGGAAGAAGCGAGUGGAGAUGGUGGAUCGUACUGAGGAAGAGAAGGAAUCGGACAACAAGAGCUUGGAGAAACAGGAGAAGGCAGCGGAGAUGACGACAGCCGAAUUUGUUGAUGACGACGAUGAGAUGGAGGACGUGGAACAUGCGCUGGCUGCUGCGGAUGAGAACCAGAUUAUGAACCAGCCUCGUUCUGAAGAAGAGGAGGACGAGAAUGUCGACAAGAAAGAAGAGACAAACGCUGGCAACGGAGCUACCGCCAUGGAAGUCGACGAAGAGGAAGAGGAGACUGAAGAGUCGACUAAGGAGAAGGAACAAGACAUUUCGAAGCCUGUUAAACAAGAGCCGAAGCCUGAAUCGGAUGCAGUGGAAGACAAUGCCGAGAAACAAGAAGAUCAGACGAUGGAUGAGCAGGACGUUAAGCCGGAUAAGCCCACUCAAAGCGGAGACCAUGAACUUCUUGACGAGCAGGCUGACCACGCUCUUCCCUCGAGACUACGCGACUUGGACUUGACCAACAGCAUGCAGGACCAGGACGGCGACGAAGUCGAAGCCAGAGCAGUCAAACUACUCACGCCUGAUGAGGUUGCAGCUCUACGUGACGAACUGGACUCGUUCAUUGCCAACUGGUCAUCGCAGUCGGAGCAGGAACGUGGCGCCGAUCUGUGGGCCAAGUACACUGCGUUGACUGCAGGAGCCUCGCAGCGUCUGUGUGAACAGCUGCGCCUGGUUCUUGAGCCCAUGCUUCGUGCUAAACUCGAGGGCGACUUCCGGACAGGCAAGCGCAUCAACAUGCGCAAGGUGAUCCCGUACAUCGCCAGUCAGUUCCGCAAGGACAAGAUCUGGCUGCGUCGUACACGUCCGUCCAAGCGUCAGUACCAAGUGAUGCUGGCGAUCGACGACUCCGAGUCUAUGGCAGAUAACCACGCUGGUCGCUUGGCACUGGAAGCUCUGGCCACGUUGUGUAAGGGUAUGACGCAGCUGGAGGUUGGCGAGCUCUCUGUGGUCAAGUUCGGCCAAGAUCUGGAAUUGCUACACGCUUUCGACACACCGUUUACGGACGACGCCGGUAGUCGGCUCAUUGGCCGCUUUGGCUUCCAGCAGAAGAAGACCAACAUGGUGCAGACGCUGGAUACGAUCUUGCAACUCCUUGAGACGGCCAAGCAGUCGUCGUCGGCUGCCAGCAGCACCGUGGAGUUCACGCAGAUCGUGUUUUUGAUCUCUGAUGGCCGCUUCGACUCGGACGGACGUGUGCGUAUCCGCAAGCUGAUUGAGACGGCAUUGGAGCGGCAGCAGUUGAUUGUGCUGCUUAUUGUGGACCAAGGAGCAGCCGAAAGCGAGAGUGCAACCAACCAGACGUCGAUCUUGGAUACGCAGAGUGUGACGUUCGAGAAGGGCAAGGUGCGCAUGGUGCCGUAUCUGGAGAAUUAUCCAUUCCCGUACUAUGUGCUGCUACCGACGUCGGCGAUGCUCCCGGAGAUCCUCUCGGAUUCGCUGCGGCAGUGGUUCGAGAUGCUCCAGGCUAAGAGUUAAGGCAAGUUGGUUUUACGUCCAUAUGUAUAUGCAUGUCAGUUCAUAAUAGACAAAUAGACAAAUGAAUAGAAUAGAGUUUGCAUGAUUGAAUCCACAAACCAUCAUUCUUUCCCUUU